AAUGACCAAAAGGGAGCACCAAUGCAUCCACUGGUUAGAGCAGGAUUGUGUGAUGGCUCGGCCAGCGCCGGCUUUUGCUUCAAAACUUCAACUGACAACUCUGAUUAACCGAGUAAUGAACUUUUAUGUGCUCUACUGGCUGAUGUUUUUUCUGGCGCCCGGGGGCUGUCCUAUCUAUAGUAUCGACCUGUCCACGCUGGAGGUGCAGAGCAGCGACUUUCAGAACGAGCUCACCCUGCAAUCGAUGCUCAACUCGGAGCUGCGUCAGUACCGGAAUGGCCUCAACAAAAGGCUGACCGAGAUGCCUGUGAGUUUCAACCAACAUACCGAUCCUUCCGCAUCCCGGAAACAUCCCUUUGAAACGGAUAUGGAUUUGGAGCACGCGGAAUGGCUUCUGGACACCCAACAACUGACAAGCGGCGAUAGAUGUGCUAAGGAGUCGGAUUCGGAUUUCCUGGGAACGAAUCUGUUCAAUGGCCCCGAAAAGCAUUGCUUCUCCACGGAGGACAUAGCUCUGAUGUCCGCCCGCAGGGACUUUGAACUCCUGGUGCCGAAGUCCUUUCCCAACCUCUGCAUGGUCAGUGACAACGUGGUGGCCAUGCUGGUCAAGUACUUCAACACGGUGAACCAGAUUGUCAAGAAGAUGUCGGACAUCGAGACACGACGAGUCCUGCAAAGGGCCUUUUACGAUGCCCUGGGCGGCUACCUUCGUUUCUACCUGGUGCCGGCGGCUCAGAUGUCCUUCUAUGCCGGACAUCUCAAGCUGAAUACGGUGGACCGCCUGGUGAAGCUCUACCGGCAAUGCCGCAUGGCGCUCAACACGAAUGGGAAUGGAUGGCGAUCGCCCAGCAAGGAGCUAGUGAAUCAGUUUCUAGCGGCCAAAGUGGAGCCUAUGAAAAUGCCAAAGUACAGUCGCUGCGAGGACGAUGCCUCCAGCUGCGCUUUCCUCGAUCAGACUCUGAUCCAGGUGGCGGAUCAAGGCCAAAUGAUUGUUCCAGUGCCCUCCCUGGAGCCCAUGGACGAGGACGGCUACCUGACUAACAUCUGUCUGCCCUUCAGGAAAAAGCGCAUCUACAACCUGCGUGCUCCCAGCUCCGCCUUCAUCGUGAUGAGGUUCUUCGAAGCCCUGACCAACUGCCACCGAUUCCAGGGCGUUAAUCAGGUCGAGUACAAUCGCAAGCUGCUCACCUGGAUUCACGAAAACCUCCAGCUCCACUACGCGGAUGGCCAAUUCUAUCCAGGACUGGGGGGUAUCUUGCAAAUCGAAGCGACUAUUCUUAGUCAGAAGGAGCAAGAGGAGCCUGAAGUGGAGUGUACGACCGAAACGGAGGACCAUGCUAAAGAACCCGAAACGAAAGAGGCGGAGAUGGAUACCUCGCCCAGUGAGGACUCCCGCAAGCUGAGUCGCUCUGCCAAACACUGGAGGAUGGAGGAGAAGCGCGAACAGGAACAGGGAGAUAGGUACCAUACCCAAGAGUAUCGAAGUGGCAUCAAGGGAGAGGAAGAGUCAUUCGCGACCACCCUGGAAGCGGAGGAGUGCCGGGAGUGCGACAAUGAUGAAACCUUGAUCUGGUGCAUUGCCGCCUUCUUGGCAGUGCUUCUGCUCCUCAUCCUUUUCAUCAUCUGCUGCUGCAUGCGAAAGGGCAGAAAGAAGAAGCCCGUGGAUGAGGAGGCGGCCCAAGAAAAGCCCAAAAAGAAAAAAGAGGAGUACCAUGAGGAGAAGCCGCCCGAGGAGCCAAAACCUAAAGAGAAACGAAGGGAACGUUCCUACUAUUCUGUAUCCAGUCGCCUAAGUGGGAAAUCGCAUUCCGGAGAUCCAAACGGACCCCAGACCUCUAGCUCCUCGAUGGCCUGCCAGUUUGAUCGCAAGUGCCUCCCCUUACCCUGCCUCACUGCAAAGGGUGAUGCCGCCACGAAAGUAGUCCCAUCGUUUAUGUCCACGGACUCGUCGCCGCGCAGCAUGCUCCGAUCUCCGCUAAGGCAGUCGCCAGUACGAUCUCCCUUGAUGUCAACCCACUCGGAAUAUUUGUCCAACAGCGAUAGCGAUGCAAUGCCCAGGGAGAGGGAGAGAAAAGUGGAAAGGGUCCAUGGGGUGGACUCUAGACAACAGCUCGGUAGGAAGGAUCUCAAAAAGACCAGGAACAGAGAGAAGUCUGGAAGCUCAGAAGACAGGAAGAUGGAGGAUAGUUCCCCAGAGAGGCGAAGACCUAGCCGUGUGAGAAUAGCUGAAACAGACGACUCUGCCGAAGAUCGUAAUCCGGUUAGGAAACCAAGUCGGCAAAAGGCCAAGCCCAAGGAGGACAAGACCAGACUUAGGGGCGGCAGUAAUCCCGAUAAGGAUUCACCCAGUUGGGAGACUAUGUACGGGGACAGCUAAGGACGAGGGGUCCACCUGUUUGUUGGAGUUUGUAUUGUGUUGAGUUGAGUGUAUAUUUUGUUAUAUGAGAUAGAAUAAACCCAGUUUAGAGAGUUAACGCAUCGAGACGAGGGUGCAGGCAACGAAAGGUGCAACAAUGCAAAAGAGGCAUGCAAAUCAAAGAUAAGAUAACACAGGUCUGGGAAAAAUAAGGACCAAGGGGGCCAGAACAUACUUGGGUUAAGAGACUAAAGGGGUUAAGAGAUAAAACACAAGUUUGUAGCCUA